AAGAAUAAGUAAAUAAAUAACCAUACAUCUUCUAGUAUUUCUAUAUUUGGUAUAGCAUAAAAAUGGCAAGUAAGGUAUUAGCAUGCUCGGUUUCAACUGUAGUGUCCAACCGGGCCUUUAAUAGCCCAUUACCAGUUGGUUUGGUCUCAUCGGCCCCAUCUGUGGUGUCGGCUGGACAACCCAAGAAGAAGCCUUCUUCAAGGUCGUCCCUAGUGGUUCGAGCCCAACAAGGAGGUGGACAGCCAAUUGACUCUCACAAUCCCAUGACUGGUGAACCCUUUCACAAGAAGGUCGCCCUCCUUGAAACCUCUCCUUACGUCCGGACCCCCUGGAAUACUAGCGAGGAUGAAAACGAGAUCAGGAUGUGGUUUGACAUGCCAGGAACUGCAGCAGAAAAUAUAGAAGUGGAUGUUGUGGAUAAUUUGCUAGUGAUUAAGGGAGAAGGUGGAAUUGAUGCUUUUGGAAGGAAGAUCCAUAGCCCCUAUGACACCAGGGUUCAAUUGCCUUCUAAUUCUUGGAACGAAGAGAUAACGGCCGUCUUUAAAAAUGGAGUUCUGUAUAUUACUGUGCCAAAGAUUACCAAAUUUGAGCACAAAAUUAUCCACAUUCCCGUUAGAUCCGUCUAAUUCUAAUUCCUUAGUCCUUACCUGUUAUGUAUUCAUUAAAAUGAAUUGGCUCUCAAGCUUGCAUGUGAGACAUUGCAUGCGUUCAGAAUUUUAAUUAACAUCCUUCCAUUUAAAUUUUAAAUAUUACUACGUAUUCGUGAAUAAAACUCAUUGUUUAACCUGCUUUUAUGUCA